AUGCCUUCUGACUCCUUUAAUUCAUUCUCCCUCAUCCUCCUCAUCUCCAUCAUCUCCCUCUUAACCGCUCUGCCCCAAACAAUUGCAUUCAGACCUUUAGCUCCGUUCAUUCCGAAUGCUCAACGUCAAUUCACAACUUCCAACUCCCUCCGUGGUACUUUCUCUCAAGGAUCUAGUUCCAGUCACUAUGCUAACGUCUUUUUUCAAACGACUAUCCCAUCAUUCAAUCCUGACCAAACCGAGGGCAUUAUCGAUAUCAAGUGCAAUGCCGACGAUGAUACCAUCACGUUGGUUGUAGACGACGAGGCAUCAAGACAGACAAUAGAAUCGUGGCCCGACAAGGUUAUGGUAAUGAUCAACGACAAGUGGAACUGUUUCGGUAAAGAAGGAGCGCAAUUUUACUUGGUUGGAAAUAAGACUGUGAAUGCGACAGAGAAUAGUGUCAAAUUUACCACUUCUCCCUGUCAAGUGCUAAAGUGGUCGAAUAAUUUUGUAAUUGAUCUCAACUGGGAACACAAAAAAAAGCGGUCCACACCUCGUCGUUCCGUAUCACGAAGGUUCGAUGUGGACAAAGACCAGGAAAUCGAUCUUUCUGCCCUAUUCGACCCCAACACUGAUGCUUCAUCCAAGCCCAACAUUCCUCUUUUGACUGUCGGAAGUACCGUAUCAGAAUCCAUCAGCUGCGCAAACUGUUUUCUUAGAGGCAACGCAACAGUUUCACUUCAUAUCGAGGGCCAAUCCCUACCACCCAAGAUUACCAACGCUACACUUUCGAUUAAUGGGAAUUUGGAUAUAAACAUGGAUCUAAAAUUCGAUACAACACUUUCUGGAACUCUUUCAACUCCUGACGUACAGCUACUCGAGGUUCCACUGACGCCGUUGGGAGUACCUAAUUUAUUCAAUAUCGGACCAAGCAUCAUAUUAGCCGCAUCUGCAAACCUUCACGGAUCAGCCACAGUUUCGCUUACCACGGGUGGUUUGAUCUCAUAUCCAAACUUUAGCGCUUCUGCCUCACUACUCGACGAUGCUGCAUCCUCUUUCACACAUGCCGGGUUUGAUCCAGUUAUUACGAUGAAUACGUCCCCCCCUACCGUCGGAUUAACGGUCUCGGCAGGCGUAGCUGGAUCACUUAAGCCUCAGCUGGCCUUGAGCGUCAAUGUAAUGGAUGGACUUUUAGAAGCCAAGACAGGAUUACAGGUCGUUACUACGUUGAGUACUGAUGCAACAGUGGGAUCUGAAAAUAAUUGUGCGAAUGCUACCGACGUAAAUUUGGCCACUACCCUUACUGGAAAUUUGGGUUUCUUUGUUGGUUCAACAAAUAUUCCACUUGUCAAUUUUCCCGCAAAGACUCUUGGAUCAACCUGUCUCAAGACUAGUUAG